CCUCCUCCUCCUCCGGCGGCGCUUCCCGGGCAAAAAAAAUGCAGACGCAGCGAAAGAGGAAGCUCCAGGACCGCCGCCCGCGCUCAACCUCCCUCCCGAGCAAAUCUCCAACACAAUCCUCUAAACCCAUCCACGACGGCGAUCCGUACCAAACCCACCAUCGACCCACGCCCGAGGAAUGCCGGGCGGUCCGGGACGAUCUCUUGGCCCUCCACGGCUUCCCGCGAGAGUUCUCCAGGUACCGAGAGCAGAGGCAACGGAAACUGGGUCUCGUCGUCGAGGACGAAGGCGAGGGUCGCGAACAGAGCGAGGCGGAGACGGCGCUCGCCGGUGAAGAGGAAGCGGAGGAGGAAGAGAGCGUCCUGGAUGGUCUGGUGAAGACCGUGCUGUCGCAGAACACGACCGACGUCAACUCUCAGAGGGCUUUCGCUUCCCUCAAGUCUGCUUUUCCCUCCUGGGAAGAUGUUCUUGCUGCCGAAUCAACAUGUAUAGAGGAUGCCAUAAGAUGCGGAGGUCUAGCCCCAACAAAAGCAGCUUGCAUUAAGAACAUUUUGACUUGCUUGCUAGAGAAAAGGGGCAAACUAUGCUUGGAAUACUUGCGGGAUCUCUCGGUUGGUGACAUUAAGGCUGAGUUAUCCCUUUUCAAAGGCAUUGGUCCGAAGACGGUGGCUUGUGUCUUGAUGUUCCAUCUUCAGCAAGAUGAUUUCCCAGUGGAUACACAUGUCUUCGAGAUUGCAAAGACUAUUGGAUGGAUCCCAACUACAGCUGACAGAAACAAAGCGUAUCUCCAUCUCAACCAACGGAUUCCAAGCGAGCUUAAAUUUGAUUUGAAUUGCCUCUUGUUCACUCAUGGUAAGAUGUGCCACAGAUGCGGCAAAAGAAAGGAUAGCCAGCAAUGUGGCAAAAGGAAGGAUAGCCAGCACAGGGAGGAAUCUCCCGGCAAAGCUUGUCCUCUACUGAACUACUGUAAGAAUUCAUAGCACAAGCCACUUUGCAAAUGGCAAUCAUGGUUUUUCAAUCUUUCAAUUUCUGUAUCUUAUGUCUUCCUCUUCAUUGACAAUGCCUCUUUUGGUUUCA